CAUCUGAGCAGCACGUGAAAGCAGGGAUGGUGCCUCGGCUUUAGGGGGUAGAUUGAGAUUGGGCCUUUUGUGUGUGCCGGUCAUGUAUUCACAGCAGCCUGUAUGUGUCGCGUUGAUUGAUUGGAUAAUUAGCAGCACCUGGAUGAGAGACAUUCCUCGUCACUGAAGACACGCGCGCGGCCUCCUGCUGGGUGUAAACACUGUGGAGCGGCUCCAUCAGAGAAAAUAUGUUUAAUUUUAAAAUGCUGGACGCAAAAUACGCACUUUGGGUUUUAUUUGUCAUUGCGUUAUUGAUUGAGAGCUGUCGGAGCGUUGAAAAUGGUACUGAACAAGGUCUCCAAAGUACAGCGUUUGGCCGAGUGGGGACAUUUAAUUCCUCAGUUAACUCCACCAACAUGACUCAUUUCGCCUACGGAAUUGCUGCAAAUGUGGUUGCUGUGCUCCUGUAUGGAAGCAAUAUUGUUCCUGUCAAAAGAAUAGAGACAGGAGAUGGUAUGUUUUACCAGUGGGUAACCUGUGGAGCGAUAUGGGUUGUAGCUAUGCUUGGAGACUUGAUGCUUCAAUCACCCAAGUUUCAUCCUUUUGCGAUGCUCGGGGGUUUCAUCUGGGCUACAGGGAAUAUACUUGUCGUUCCAAUUGUUAAAGCAGUCGGUCUCAGUCUUGGAGUUUUAAUUUGGGGAUCCUCCAGUUUGUUGAUGGGCUGGGCCAGUACAAAAUUUGGCUGGUUUGGGAUUAAUCCUCAGGAUGUCUCUAGGCCAGUAUUAAAUUAUUGUGGAGCUGCGCUGUGUCUGCUCAGUGGCCUCAUCUUCUUCUUUGUGAAAUCAGACGUGGAUUUGCAUUCCAACACGGAAACCAUCCCAUUACUUAUCGACAGAGAGGAUCAAUUCCUGCCGCUCGGCCUCUCAAAAAGACCAGUCUCUGGGAUCAACGGACCAAGCUCUACACCUUUUUGGAUCGAUAUCAUCGGAACAAAGAGCAGGCGGUUAAUCGGCUGCAUGCUUGCUGUGUUAUCUGGCCUGCUGUACGGCUCCUCCUUCACACCCAUCCUCUACAUUAAGGCCCGGUCUGCGUGCACGGACUGCAUUUUCCAAGGAGCCAGUGCCUUUGACCUGGACUAUGUCUACGCACAGUGCUCUGGUAUUUUCUUAGCGAGCACCGUGUACUUUGCCAUCUACUGUGCAGCUAUGAAAAACAAGCCCAGGGUUUACUCCAGAGCCAUCCUACCAGCUAUGUUGUCCGGUGUGAUGUGGGCACUGGCCACAUACUGCUGGUUCCUGGCCAAUAACUACCUGAGUGCGAUUAUUACCUUUCCUAUUGUCACCGCAGGUUACGGUCUGGUUGCAGCACUGUGGGGAUGUUUGGUGUUUAGAGAGAUCAAGGGUUUAUCCAACUGCUUUGUCUUCUUGUGCGCUUCCUUUGUCGUGCUGACCGGCUCCUUGCUGACCGCCAUCUCAAAGCUCUAAUGCCGCAAAAUACUUCAUGAAUUUCAUCGUUCACAUUUUCCCCAGUUCUUCAAUUCACUUUGGAAAAAAAUGACCUUGGUUUUAUAAAACUCCUAGAACCCAGUAACUAAACGGAGAAGCGCGGUGGUUGAGCUGACUGUAAGAGCUUUCAUUAGAUGUGGAAAGUGCAGCAGGGUUUUUACUCUGAGCUGACGUGUGAUGGCAGUGUCUUACAGGAUCCACCCUCCUGCUCUCUACUUUGGUUUGCUUGAACUUUGUUACUGAAAAGAACCUGUCACCUGUGCAAUGUUACAUUUUGUUCAAAUGUUCUCUUAAUUUAAACUUUGUUUGUUCAGAAAAUAUUAUGUCACAUGCUAUGUUCUUUGCUACUAACACAAUGUCAAUACACAUCCUUAACAUAUUUCACACAAGCUAAUUGGUACUGAGAGGGGCUGUUCCACUAAAAUAAAGCACAUCUCUAUUUAUACUUUACUAACAGGGUGGAUGUUUGUGUCCAAAUGUUUCUAAAUGAGUUGUCAGUGUCUUUUUUCUUCAUGUUUUUUCACUCAUGCUGCUAUUAAAUACAUCUGAUACUGACUGAA